AAGCCGGGCUCAUUCCCCCAGGCACUGGGGUGCGGACCAGGUCCCUGACCCGCCCACGCUGCCUGUACCUCGCGCGCUCGCGGGGCCUGGCCGGCGGGGCGGAUACAGGGAGGACGGAGCGGGGCCUAGACAAGCCAAUGGGGAGGGGGGCGCUGCUCAGGAAGGCUCCGCCCACGUCCUCGGCUAGAUCCCAGCUGGGCCGGCGGCCGCGGGCGCAGUCGGGUCGCGGCGCUGGGAGCGGCCAGCCAUGGCCGGCGUGCGGGAGAAGGCGGCAGCUUUGAAUCUCUGCGCUGUGUACAGCCCGGCUAACAAGCCCCCGGGUACGGGCACGGGUUUCAGCUUAGCACAAAAGCCAUUUGGAGCAACAUAUGUAUGGAGCAGCAUCAUCAAUGCUCUUCAGACUCAAGUGGAAGUGAAAAAGCGGCGACAGAACCUGAAAUACUUUAAUAACUGUUUUAUUGGCUCUGAUGCAGUGGAUGUCAUCUUUGCUCAUCUCCUCCAGAACAAAUAUUUUGGGGAUGUCGAUAUUUCCCGUGCUAAAGUAGUGCGAGUGUGUCAAGCACUGAUGGAUUACAAAGUGUUUGAGGCAGUUUCAACUAGAGUCUUUGGAAAAGACAAACGGUCCAUGUUCGAAGAUAGUAGCUGCAGCCUCUAUAGGUUGACAAAUGUACCUAGCCCAGAAGACAGUUCAUUUGAGAAAGAAUAUAUUAGUAGUCAAAGACUUGAGAAAAUGGCAUUUAAUCCUCCUCCAAUCAAAUCAGAAAGCUUAGAAGAUCUCUGGGAAAACUUGAGUCUAAAACCUGCUAAUGCUCCUGAAGUAAACCUCUCUGCAAGUUUGUCUCGUCAAGUUAUUAAUGAAGUAUGGCAAGAACAAACAAUUGCUCGUCUGCUGCAGCUUGUGGACCUUCCACUUCUUGACUCUUUACUUGAACAUCAAGGGAUUAGGUCCAAGCUUCCCCAACCCAAGAAGGAGGCGGGAUGCGUCAUCACAAGCAACUACAUAGACAGAGAAAUUCUCAAGGCUUUCAGUGACUCUCAGACUGAUGAAUGGCUCUCUGCAGCAAUAGAUUGCUUGGAGUAUCUUCCAGAUCAAAUGGUGGUGGAUAUAAGCAGAAAUUUGCCUAGUCAACCUGAUAAAGCAGACGCAUGGAAACUACUGCUGUUUGAUACCAUUGGUAGAUACUACAGCCAAAAGAAGGAGCCACUGUUAAGCCAUGCGUCUGACAUCCACACAGGAAUUACAGAGCUGUUGGUGAAUGGAAAGACAGAACCAGCUUUAGAAGCAAUUCAACUCUACUUGAAGCUUUUGGAUAGUCAAACUAGAGAGGAGUUUAGGAGGCUGUUGUACUUCAUGGCUAUUGCAGCACAUCAUUCUGAGUUCAAGUUGCAGAAAGAGAGUGACAACAGGAUGGUUGUAAAAAGAACAUUCUCUAAAGCUAUUGUCAACAAUAAAACUUUAUCCAAAGGAAAAACUGACCUCCUCAUUUUGUUCUUGGUGGACCAGCAAAAAGACGUUUUAAAGAUCCCAGCAACAUUACAUAAAAUGGUUAGUGAUAAGCUGAUGGCUGUACAACAAGGACAAGAUCCUAAUAAGGAUACAGGCUACACCUUCUGCCAGAAACUUGAUCAAAGUGAAUAUCGCUACAGUGUUCAGAAGACCACAAAAGCUGAGCUGUUAUCUUUGCUAAAAACUAUUGAUGAAGAUACAAAAAUCUCUGCCAAGGAGAGAAAGAAGCUGCUAGGUCAAUUCCAUAGUAGCAAUCCAACUAUUUUCAUGCAAUACUUUGGUGACAGAGUUACUAAUAUGUGUGUGUAAUUUAAAAUUAAAGAAAUGUAAUCUGUACAGUAGUUUUCAAAACAUUAAUGUCUUUUUUUAAAGAUUUUGUAUUCAUCCACAUAAUAAAAUUAUUUUGAAGAUGAA